CAGCAGCCGCCGCCUGCCAGGGACACGCGCCGCGAGCCCGGGCUCGCCGGAACAUGGCGCUCGGGGCGAUGGAGCGGCGGGCGCGGGAGGCGACGCGAGCAGCCCGGGCUCGCCCGACAGCCGGCCGCUAGAUCACUGAUGAAAAUGUUGAGUAGUGUCAGGCUAGUACCAAUUCCUGCAGAAAGUCCCUGGAAACACCCCCCAUUGGAUGAUGAUUCCCCAUUGAUGACUGCUUUGAGCUAUUAGAGACAUAAAGGGCCAUAUGUUUGCAGCUGCAAUCUGUGCUUCAGGGAGGGACAGGAACACUAGCAGAAACUAUGAUAUUUUGUAUCGUUCGCACGAAACCAAUCACAUGUGGUGAAAGAAACCGGGGCAAAAGAAGGGCACCCAUGCUUCACUGUGCAGAUGAUCACUGCUGCAGCCGGAAUCCUUUCCUUAGGAGGAAUCUGAAUUGAAUACUCUGAAUCAAGGGAUACAUGCCUGUCAGAGCUCUGAGGUCUAGCUACAGUAUUUAGAAUAUGGCCAUCGUGCAGGAAGCUACCAGUCUAGAAUUAGAGGCCACUCAAGAGAUAUUUCUCAUGGGCCAGCUAUCAAGAAACACCCUGCUGUGCUGUGGUGUGGCGAAUGAAGGCAUUUUCAACCAUAAACAAGGUUUUUCCACCAUGUUUGGAAAGAAAAAGAAAAGACUUGAAAUUUCUGGACCGUCAAAUUUUGAGCACCGGGUUCACACUGGAUUUGAUCACAGAGAACAAAAAUUUACAGGACUACCUCAACAGUGGCACAGCUUGCUAGCAGACACCGCAAACAGGCCGAAGCCUAUGGUGGACCCUUCAUGUAUCACACCCAUCCAGCUUGCUCCCAUGAAGACUAUCGUUAGAGGAAAUAAACCUCAAAAGGAUACUUCAAUCAAUGGCCUGCUAGAAGAAUUUGACAAUAUCUCAGUGACACGCUCUAAUUCCCUACGGAAGGAAAGUCCUCCCACUCCACACCAAGGAAACUCAAACCAUGUACAAAGCCACCAGGAAGAAAAUGGUUAUAUCACAUAUUCUCAGUAUUCCAGUGAGUCGGACACCACGACAGACUAUGUCACUGAAAAAUACAGAGACAAGCGUUUUUAUGGGGAAGAGUUAGAUAGAUACUGCCAAGGUAGCUUCGCCCCAAAACAGAAUGGACACGUGAUGAAAACAAAACCCGGAGACGCCUAUUAUUCAGAAAUUAAGCCCCUAAAGUCAGACAUCUCAAGGUUUCUUCCAGAUUACCAUACACACAUGGAAACAAAGAGCAAACCAAUUGAGUACAGUGGCCUAAAGUUGGAAUAUCAAAGGAUUCUUAGUGGAUCGUCUCUAGACUACAGAGAAUCCUUUCACUAUGCUCCAUCUAGAACUUCAGUGCAGAGUGAGUGCUCAAAAGAGAGACGGGAAUACAGUGACAGUGACUGGGGAAAUGGACCAGACAAGGAUGACUAUGAGAAAAGACCAAAGUCGUCAUAUGUAAACCAGACAAGUCCUCAGCCAGCCAUGAGACAGAGAUCCAGAUCAGGUUCGGGUCUGCAGGAACCAGUCGUGCCAUACGGAGCAAGUGCUUUUAAAUCAAAUCAGCAAGGGCAUUCGUAUAGUUCAUACACCUACCCUCGCUUGUCAGAAACGGCAGGAGGCAUUCCAAAGGUGGAUUACGAUCGAGCACAGAUGGUAGUUAGCCCACCACUAUCUGGAUCAGAUACCUACCCUAGAGGCCCAACAAAGCUACCUCAAAGUCAAAGCAAAGUUAGCUAUUCAGGUAGUAGCUUCCAGUAUCCUUCAGUCUAUCACAAAGCUUCUCAUUAUCACCAGCCUGCCCUCCAGUCAAGCUCUCCUUAUAUUUCCACGGCUUCUUACCCAAGCUCCCCAAGUAUCACGUCAAGUGCUUAUCCCCCACCUAGCUGGGGUUCAUCCUCCGAUCAGCAGCCCUCCAGGGUGUCACAUGAACAGUUCAGAGCUGCCCUCCAGCUUGUUGUCAGUCCUGGCGACCCCAGGGAAUACUUGGACAACUUUAUCAAAAUAGGAGAAGGCUCCACGGGGAUCGUUUGCAUUGCCACUGAGAAGCACACUGGAAAGCAAGUCGCAGUGAAGAAAAUGGAUCUCAGGAAACAGCAGAGAAGAGAAUUACUCUUCAAUGAGGUUGUAAUAAUGAGGGAUUACCAUCAUGAAAAUGUGGUUGACAUGUACAACAGCUAUCUUGUGAAUGAUGAGCUCUGGGUUGUUAUGGAGUUUCUGGAAGGUGGUGCUUUGACGGACAUAGUGACGCAUACAAGAAUGAAUGAAGAGCAGAUAGCUACAGUUUGUCUGUCUGUACUGAGAGCGCUGUCCUACCUGCACAAUCAAGGGGUUAUUCACCGCGAUAUAAAAAGUGACUCUAUACUUCUCACGAGUGAUGGAAGGAUAAAAUUAUCGGAUUUUGGAUUCUGUGCCCAAGUUUCCAAGGAAGUUCCGAAAAGGAAAUCUCUUGUUGGAACACCAUACUGGAUGGCACCAGAGGUGAUAUCCAGACUGCCUUAUGGAACUGAGGUGGAUAUCUGGUCACUUGGUAUCAUGGUAAUAGAAAUGAUAGAUGGAGAACCACCUUAUUUCAACGAGCCACCGCUCCAAGCAAUGCGCAGAAUCCGAGAUAACUUACCUCCACGAGUGAAGGACAUCCAUAAGGUUUCCUCCGUGCUCCGCGGUUUCUUAGAUCUGAUGUUGGUGAGGGAGCCCUCCCAGAGAGCAACAGCACAAGAACUAUUAAGACAUCCGUUUCUGAAACUGGCCGGCCCCCCGUCUUGCAUCGUGCCACUCAUGAGGCAAUACAGGCACCGCUGAAUUCAGCAAAUGUUCGGGCGGAGGCGUGUACAAAAGUUGGAGAAAGACUUGCCAAGGAAUCCAGCGCUUGUGUGGAAACCAUGGGGACGUGCAACAUUACAGAGAUUCAUCAGUGUCGGAACAGCUGUAUGGAAAUAAUAACAGUGUAGAAAAUAAAGAGGUGCUCUCCUGGGGCAUGAAGGACUUGCGACUUUCCUUUGCCACUAAAUCAAAUAGUCAUCUGCUGGCUUCUAGCACUGUCGCAUGGAGCACGUUUUCCACAGGUAGUCCUCUUUCAGCCAUCAAAGCAGACAGACUCAAUUACACAGGUGGUUGUGGGGGAGGGGGGCGAAAGAUAAUAGAUUAUAGCACAACCAGGAUAAACCACCAGAAUUUUAUUGAAAAAGUAAACGAUAUGACCCUUCUAUUUCAGAAGAACACUUUUCUGGCAAAAAAGCACUUUUUAUCUCAGUCCUAGCAGUGUAAUGUAUUUUGAAAUGAAUUUGUAAUUUUCUGUAUAGUACUUUUUUGAUAAUUUACAGUACUUUGAUGUUAUGUACCCAUCGUGCUAGUUGAAGUAAUGAGUAACUUAGCAAGAGUUUGAACAAAACCUUUCCUACUUUUUUAUCCCUUUUGAAGACCGAAGGAAAAAAAAAAACAAACCUUUAGGAACUUAGAAUGUUGGCAGAUUUUCCAGGAAUUUCAAUAACAGACACAGAGAUGGGUGCAGGCAGUACUGAUAAAAACUUUGCUU